GGACUGGGCAGCCUCCUCGGCGGAUUCAUGAUCGGUCCCCUGGGCAUCCGCAACACCUUCAGGCUCAUGGGCAUCCUGUGCGCCGUCACUUGCAUCACCUACUUCAUCGUCAACCACAUCUUCUUCAGAAAGCUCCAGAACCAGCGGCGAGCAGAGAAGAAGGAGCAGAAGAAGGCCGAGGAAACCGAAGAAGGGAACGCGAAGGAGGGCAAGGGGGACGGGAAGGAGGGCAAGGGGGACCUGAAGGACGUCAAGGGUGACCCGAAGGAGGCCAAAGGCGAUCCGAAGGAGAGCCUGUCCCUGGAGGCGCUCGGGGCUGUCGAGAAUGGCGUGAAGGCGAUACCGAACGGCAAAGAAACCAAAGUGCCAUAAAGGUCCUCCUAUUUCUCCCACUUUUGUUCUGUGAAAAACAAAGUAUACGCACAGAUGAAAUGAAGCACGGCCUCAUAAACAAACAGGCAACAACAGCAACAACAACAACA